AUGGGUUCGUCGGCGGAGCCGGGCAGGAGGCAGACGUUUGGGUUCUUGUUGUCGAGAAAAGUCAUUGCUUGGUUUGCCCGAAACAUGAAUCCCUCUCAUCUUCCUUGGGUUUUUCUUUUCUUUGUUGAUCCUCGUCUCUUUCAUUCUCCAUCUCAGGAGCCGCGAGACUGGUUCGCCGCCGCGUGUUCGGAUCCGGGUCGAUGGGAGGAGCUUCGAGUUGCACAAGGUUGGGAGGAAGAACUCUGAGGAACAGCUCUCCCGGAGGCGCUCCCCACGCCCUGAUGAUCUCUUUCUUCUUCUUCUUCUUCUCUCCCGUUCUCGCAGAGUCCGCUGAUCCUGAAAUGCGGAUAUUUCAAGAAGCUGCUUCUGGGAGGAGGAUGUCUCGAGGUCUGUCUCCCCGAGGAUUUCCCGGGAGGAAGCGAGACCUUCGAGAGGAUUUCUCUGUUCGUCUAUGGAUAUCUGGCCCCUUUCGAUCCAUCCACUGUCGCCGCCGUGCGAUGCGCGGCGGAGUUCCUCGAGAUGACUGAGAACGUCGCCACCUGCAACCUCCUGGAGAGAUCGGACCUGUACCUAAACCAGGUGGUCUUGCAGAGCUGGAAGAGCACCCUCGUCGUCCUCCACAAUUGUCUUUCACUCCUGAAAUUCUCUGAGGAUCUCCUGAUAGUGACCCGCUGCGUGGAGUCGCUCGCUUUCAUGGCUUGCAUGGAAGUCCUCGACCCGGAGCAGAGGAGUGACUGGCCCGACGCCGCCCUGCGGGCUCUCGCAUGGGGGCCAUGGAGCAGCAGCAGCGCUGUGGAGGGCACCGCCGGGGAGACUCUGUGGGUCAAGGAUCUCGUCGCCCUCCCGUUCCAACUCUUCAAGAGGAUCGUCGGCUCCCUGAGAAGACAGGGAAUGGAGGAGAAGUACGUCAUCCCCAUCGUCAUCAUCUACGCCAACAGGUGGCUGGUGCCGGAGAAAACCCACGACGACGACCAGGCGAGCUCCAUACUGGAGGGUGUUGUCGACCUGCUCGUCCCUGUGGGAGCAAAGGCCAACACAGUAGUACCUGUGAGAUUCUUCUUCAGUUUGCUCUCGAGAGCUCUCAGGCACGGAUUGGGUGAGGACAGCCGCAGAAGGUUGGAAAGCCAAAUCGUCUCCCUGCUACCGUCGUCUCAGGUGGGGGACCUCCUCCUUCCGGAUGACAGAGAGGGACCGAUCUCAUCCAGUCGGGAGGUGGAAGCCAUGGAGACCAUCUUCUCCACUUAUGUGACGGGGAGACCUUCAGAACGAGACCCAGUCGUGGCCGACCUGUGGGACUGCUACGUAAACCAGAUCGCCGGCGACCGGGAGAUGUCUCCCCCCCGGUUCAUGGAGCUUGUCGACGUGAUCCCCCUUCAAGAUCGGGAGACCCACGACAAUCUCUAUAGAGCAUUGGACGCAUUCCUUCUGGUACGUCGUUGAAUUUUUUUCGAAAACAAAGGUCAAUAGAUAUGGCGGCCCCUAUGUUUCCUCAAUCUGCUCCCUUUCAUCUUCUCUAGAGCCACCCGAGCAUUUCCGGCGAAAUGAAGGCGUCGGUCUGCAAGUAUCUCGACUGCCGGAAGUUAACGGAAGAGGUCUGCGUUCGGGCAGUCCAAAACGAGCUGAUGCCGCUGCGGCUGAUCUUCCGAGCUCUCUUCGCUCAGCAGCAGAACACCCACCAGGUCCUCAGGGGCCAGUCGGAAUUCUCGGGGAACCUCGUCCUCUCCAGCGGGAGAUUACGGCCUCAAGACCAGAGGACGGCGGAAAAGCUGGAGAUCACCAGGGCGGAGUACCAGUCCACCAGCUUCAGGAUCCAGACCCUGGAGAGUGAGCUCUAUGCGCUGAGAAGAAACCUGCAGAUGAAGGGAGAGUCCAUGGCGGAAGAUAAGAUGGGGUGGAACUGCGUGGGUUCCUUCACUUGGGGGGCUUCGCAGAGGAAGCAGGCAGACCAGCUGCUGAAGAUGUUAAGGGGCCUCGCCGUGUGGCGAUGGGGGUGGGGGAGAUCAAAGAGGAGAGAUGCUGCUCCAGCGGACAGCUCCAUGUCCUCCAGGAAUGAUCGCUUGGAAAUUGAUUGGUGA